AUGGAUGCCUUUAAGCAGAAGUAUGCGGAAUUGGUAAUGAGUUGUAUGGAAGAAUAUCCUAUCGAUCAAAGUGACAUUGAACAACUGAAGAAUCUACAAAUGCCUGACAAGGAGUCCGUGAAAUGCUUGUUCGCUUGUGCAUAUAAGAAGGCGGGUAUGAUGACUGACGACGGAAAGCUAUCCGUGGAGGGUACAAACAAACUGGCUGAAACUUAUUUAGCCAACGACGAAGAACAACUUAAGAGGGCUAAGGCGUUUACAGACGCUUGCAAAUCUGUAAAUGACGAAGAAGUUAGCGAUGGUACUAAAGGUUGCGAGAGAGCUGCUUUGAUUUUUAAAUGCAGCAAUGACAAAGCUAAAGAGGCAAUGACCGAUGAAGAAGUAAAAGCUCUAUUCACCAAAGUAAUCUUAAAAUGUGCUUCCAAAUUCAAAGCAGACAUGAAAGAUAUGGUGUCCUUGGCGUCUCUACAAACGCCCACCGACCCUCAAGUAAAAUGCAUUUUGGCUUGUGCUUAUCGUGAUAUAGGAACGAUGAAUGACAAGGGGCUUUACGAUUUGGAAAGGGCAUACAAAAUAUCUGAAGAAUUCCAGAAAGGAGAUGAAAAGAGGAUAAAGAAAGGAAAAGAAUUGGCCAAAUCGUGUUCUUUUGUGAACGAUGAAACAGUAACUGACGGGGAAAAAGGCUGUGACAGAGCUGCAUUAAUAUUUGCAUGUAGCGUCAAAAAUGCUCCUAAGUAUGGAUUCAAAGUUUAA